AAACCUCCCCAAAAUCUCCGCAAAGCUCUGAAUGAGAGUUGCUCUAUGUAGCCUCCUCUCUAUCUUCAUCCAUGGAGGUUUUUUAUUCUUCAACCCCAACCAACCGCAAAAUUCUCUCUCUAAAUUCACCUUUCCCUACCAAUUUUCCCGCCAAUUCUUGGAACAAGAAAAAUCCAUGUAGAUACAACAUUCCCAGCUUCGGGUUACACAAAAACCCAUCAUUUUCGAUCUAUUUACUCUCAUGUCAUAGCACAAAAUUUCGAGCUUUAGCACACUUUGGUCGACCCAUGAGCCGCAGAAAUUCGCUGAGGAAGAAGCUUAUUGACGAGCAAAAGGUGAACCAGAUUUCCGUUCCUUUAAACCCAAGUUUUGAUUUUCAGUUUUUGAAUAAUAAUUUUGAUGAUACCGAGAGUCCCUUAGAGAAAGUGAACUGUGAUAGUGUGAAAGAGAGUGAAUUUAGUAAUGAGGUUGUUGCUGGUGAUAGUAGUGUAGCUGAAACGAGUAAUGUAAAAGAACCAAAUGCAAAAAGCCUUGGUGAUUCUGUUUUGUUGAGUAAAUUGGAUAGUUGGAUGGAGCAGUAUAAGAGAGAUACCGAGUAUUGGGGUAUUGGUUCUGGUCAUAUUUUUACAGUUAAUCAAGAUUCUGAUGGUAAUGUGAAAGUGGUUUCGGUUAAUGAGGAUGAAAUCUUGAGAAGAAGCCGAGUUGAGAGACUGGAAUUGGAGGACUCGGCAGAGGUGAACUUGAAAAUUUUGCAAGCAGAGAGUUUGGCUAGAGAGAUGGAGAGUGGGAAAAAUGUGAUUCCAAGGAAUAGUUCGGUAGCCAAGUUUGUUGUUGAGGGUGAGGACUCGGGUUUUAUGAAGGCAAUUCAGGGUUUUAGUUUUCGACCAGAGUUCUUGCCGAAGAUAUCUAGAUUUGGGAGACUGGUGUUGUAUGGUUUCAUUGCAUUGUGGGCAUUGAAGAAGUUAUUCACUUUUGGAAAUAAAGAAGAACGAUACUCAGAGUUGGAGAAGGAAAUGAUGAGGAGAAAGAUAAAAUCAAGAAAGGAGAAAGAGAUGUUAGAGAAGGGCAGCGUGGAAGUUGUUCAAGCAUCUUCAGAAUUGCCACUAGGUCCCUUUAAAAAGCCUAGCAUUGAUAAGCAAGAACUUAUGAAGGCUAUUAUGAGAGAAAACUUGUCAAAUGGCAACCUGGCUUUACAAGAUUCUUCAACUUCCAUGAUCGUUGCCGAAAAUACUGAUUUUGAUGAUAAAGUUCAGGAAAUCAGAAAUAUGGCCAGGCAAGCGCGUGACAUCGAGGGUAGGGAACAUUCUUUGGUUGGUACGGAUAGAAAAGAAAUUCAGACUGUGAAUGAUGAAAUAUCAGAUGACACUGUGAAUGAUGAACUUUCAGAUGAAAUUUUGGAUGAAAUCGAAGUUGCCAAACAGCAUGAAGAAGAGGGAGCAAAUACUCUGACCAAUUCUUUAAAUGGAGAUUGCAGACAAACUAAGGGUAGUGGUGAUACUGCAUCUCUUGAAAAGUUAGACUGUGCUAAGGAUGGGGAUAUUCCAACUUCUAGUAUUCCACAUAUAGAAGUUUCAGAUGAUAGGCAAAGCAGUAACCAGGAUGUAAGAGGCAGUGAACAUAAUUUACACUUAACAGAUGAUUCUCCUUUUAGGGAGUCCAACAAGCCCAAAAAUAGUUCUAUCCAAGUAAAACCAAGGGUCAUAAGGUCUGUGAAAGAAGCUAGGGAGUACCUAUCUAAAACCCGUGACAAAAUAAAGCUUAAUGAAGAGCCCCAGUUUGAACCUGUCACAGGAAGUGAUGCUCUUGUACGGCUACAAAGUAAUGAAGACUCUGGCAACAAUGUGAGUCAGGGACCGGUCAUGGUUAAUAAUAUAUUUGCACCUGAAGUUCCAGACAGAGCAUCAGAUUCUCCAUCUAUGGAAAAUGCAUGUGAACAUUGUGAUCUGAAGGAUAAGAAGAUUGAUAAACCUGAUGAAACUGAGAAAAGAUACAUCAGGGACGAUGUUCAAAAGCAACAGGUUUCUUUAGAUUGUGAAAGUAAUGACAGUGAUUCAAUUACAGAGCCAUCUGUAAAAUAUGAGAACUGGAUGGAGGAAAACUUCAAUGAAUUUGAACCUAUAGCUAAGAAGAUUGGAGUUGGUUUUAGAGAUAAUUACAUGGUUUCAAGAGAAAAGGGAGAUCAACAAUCAAGUAUGAGUUCUGACAUGACACAUCUUGGGUCUAAUGAAGAAGAUGACAGUGAACUUGAAUGGAUGAAAGAUGACAGUCUCAGGGAAAUUGUUCUUCAAGUCCGAGAAAAUGAGUUGGGAGGGCAAGAUCCGUUUUAUAUGAUGGAUGCUGAAGAUAAGGAUGCAUUCUUCAAGGGUCUUGAGAAGAAAGUUGAGAAAGAGAAUAAAAAGCUGUCGAAACUGCACGAGUGGCUCCACUCAAACAUUGAAAAUCUUGAUUAUGGUGCUGAGGGUAUCAGCUUGUAUGAUCCACCAGAAAAAAUUAUACCACGAUGGAAAGGUCCCCCUUUAGAAAGGAGUCCAGAGUUCUUGAAUUAUUUCCAAGAGCAGCGCAGCGCAAUUUUUGCUGGAAAUGAUGGGAUUUCAGUGAAAAAAGAUGAGCAGAACAUUCUUCAGAAAUCAACAGAAUCCCAAUCCCAUGAGAAUAUUGCCACUUCUUCUGUAGUUGGUGACCCAAAUAAGAAGGAUAAUAGAAAUUCAAAGAUAGUUAUAGAAGGGAGUGAUGGUUCUGUCAGAGCUGGCAAAAAAUCAGGGAAGGAGUUUUGGCAACACACAAAAAAAUGGUCCCAGGGGUUUUUGGAAUCCUACAAUGCAGAGACCGACCCAGAAAUUAAAGCCACAAUGAGGGACAUGGGGAAGGGUUUGGAUCGAUGGAUCACAGAAAAAGAAAUACAGGAAGCUGCUGAUCUGAUGAACAAAAUGCCUGAAAAAAACAAGAAAUUCAUGGAAAAGAAACUCAGCAAGCUUAAAAGAGAGAUGGAAUUGUUUGGCCCACAAGCUGUAGUGAGCAAAUACCGUGAAUAUGCAGAAGAUAAGAAAGAAGAUUACUUGUGGUGGUUAGAUCUUCCUUAUGUGCUGUGCAUCGAGUUGUACACAGUUGAUAAUGAAGAACGAAGGAUAGGAUUUUACUCAUUGGAGAUGGCUGCAGAUCUUGAAUUGGAACCAAAGCCGUAUCAUGUUAUUGCUUUCGAGGACACUAAUGAUUGCAAAAAUCUUGGUUAUAUCAUCCAGGCACAGAUGGAUAUGUUUGGGAAUGGCAAUGCCUUUGUUGUUGCCCAGCCACCUAAGGAUGUUUUUCGGGAAGCCAAAGCAAAUGGCUUCGGUGUAACUGUCAUUAGGAAAGGAGAGGUUCAGCUCAACGUGGACCAAACUUUGGAAGAAGUGGAGGAACAGAUCACUGAGAUCGGGAGCAAAAUAUAUCAUGAUGAGAUCAUGCAGGAGCGUUCUAUGGACAUAAGCUCAUUGAUGAAGGGUGUAUUUGGUUUCAGCGGCAAACCUACUAAGAGAACAAGAUCAAAGCAAACGAUGAAGACUGCAAUUGGAUUCGGUGGCAAACCCGCUAAGAGAAAAAGAUCAAAGCAGACGCUGAAGAAGCCUAGCAAGAAAGAAAGGUGAUGCUUGUUCAUACAUACUCCGAGAGACAGCGAUAAUCGACCAUAUGACCAGUUCAUGGUAAUGGAGGCUUUGGAUGUGUACUCCGCAUUCUUACGCAAAUGCCGGGCAAACUCUCUGCAAGCGUUUGGAGAUCCAUGACUAGGUGCAAGCCAUUGACCUUUCAAGCCACCUUAACCCGAGUCAUUGUGGCAAGAAACUGCAUCUGUUUGGUGGUAGCAAAGAGUAUAAAGCCGCUACUGCCCCAGAUUCAUUUGCAUUCUGUCUCACCCAAGGCUGGAGGUGGAUUGCAGUUCAGCUAGCUCUCAAUUCCCUGCUUGUGUGCGGCUGUUGAAGAUUUGGUUUGUGGUGUACCAUAACAGGUUCCAGCUCCUCACCAUGGUCACUUUCUCCGGGAAGCCAGACAAAACUAAUUAAUUCUGGAUACAAUUCCCGCGCAGUGACACAUCCAUGCAGUUUCUCUGUGGAUUGUGGGAGCUCAUCGUAGGAACUGGGAACUGAUAUUCCCUUGAACUCCUUGUAUUUAAGAUAUUAGUUUCAAUGUUUGCUUUUUAAUGUGUGAAUAAUAUCCAACCUUACUGUA